AUGGCUAGAAAUCUAGGCGAGGCUGCAAAGAAAUUUUUAUUACUUGGUCAAUGUGUCCCUACAGUAAAACAAAAUGCUGCCAAAAUUAGAGUUAAAAGGUUAGAAUUGGACGAAAAUUUACUAAUGUAUUUCAGAAAGGAUGAAUUUUAUUAUUGUCAUGAUCCUCAAAAAAUGUGCAAGACGGGCGAUAUUGUACUCAUUCAGGCUUUACCACAAAAACUUACCAAACUAAUCACUCAUGAAGUCAAAGAGGUGGUUUAUGAUUUCGGCGACAUAACUGAUCCCGUAUCAGGCAAGAAAGUUGCUAAAGAUAGGUAUAGAGAAGACAUUGACAGAGAGGCUGAAUUAUAUGGAAAACUUAAGUCAACAUUUGACUACAAUAAAGCCCCAUCAAGAGGCUGGCAAGACGGCAAAAAGGACUUUACAUCUAAACCCACAUACACAAAGUUCCAUGUAUUUGAUAAAAAUGAUCCUUAUGCCAUUUAG